GAUCCCUUCGUAUCAGGAGCGUUACUAGUGGUUCUUGAUAUUGUAAACAAAACAACCUGACCGGCUGCUAUCCGAUAGGAGGAAACCCUACAGAUUCACAAGAUGACUUCGAAAGUAUUUUUAAACAACAUUUCAUCCUUCUCCGCAAGGCAAGCUUUUUUCGUGAAAUUUGUUCCGUUCUUGACAUUUUCCUCGAAACCACCAACGGAGAAACCGCUUAGUCCUAGGAUGGAGCAGUUCCAGAAGAAGUUGCGCGAGAAGACUCCUAUUGGGAAAUUGGAUGAAAUAGUUGGUAAACAUCCGUACCAGGAAAAGGAACCGCUUGAGCCAUGGCCCAAUAACACAAAUCCGAAUACCGGUGAGGUUGGAGGACCUCGAGGACCAGAACCAACGAGAUACGGUGAUUGGGAACGCAAGGGAAGGGUUUCUGAUUUCUAGAACAAAGCAAUAAGUAUAACUAACAGAUGUUUACAGAAUUAUUUAGGUAUAGCCAAUAAAUUUCAGAAACAUUUCGAUUAAAGAACUAUUAUGCUAUUAUAGCAAGCUAUUAUGCAACUAUAAUUGACAAUUGAGAUGCUAAAAUUUUAGGAAUACGCGUCUAAUAAAACAAAAAUCUUCAUGAACAAAC